ACACAGGUAUAUAACUACAUUUACGUGUGGUUGCCGACAAACUUCAUUUCGCACUGAUUUGAUCGUUAACCUGAAGUUUAUUUAACGAAUUGCUAUAAUAGCGUUGUUCUGUCUGUGGGUGUGCCUCCACGUGCGAGCUAUAUUGCACGUUUAAUUUACAUAUGUUAAUUAGUAGCACUUUUAAGAAGGAUAAUUUAGCUUUCUUAAUUUAUAGUCAUUUAAAUGCAUCCCAAACGCUUGUGUAUGGAUUCUUUAGUGCGUAAACCGGACCGCGUUCACAACAUGUAGUCAUAAGCGUGUUCGUUUCUGACUGACUGCUGCGUGAGCUUUCAAUUCCCGUUACGUGUCUGACACUGAAGCUGAACGAACCCGUUUGCCGUUUCGUCUCAUAAGAACCCGAAGCAUGGAGCACACCGGCUGCGUCAACAUCUGCAGUCUCACCAGCACCUUACCGGUGAUCCCGUAUCGGAAAUUAACCGACUUGCACUACAUCAGCAAUGGAGGGUUCGGAACCGUGUUCAGGGCGCAGCACAGUGACUGGCGCACAACAGUCGCGAUCAAGUGCUUGAAACUGGAUUCACCGGUUGGGGAGAGGGAGAGAAAUUGUUUACUGAAAGAAGCUGAGGUGCUUCACAAAGCUAGAUUCAACCACAUCAUCCAGAUCUUUGGGGUGUGCAAUGAGCCCGAGUUCUUCUGCAUUGUGACAGAGUACAUGACCAAUGGAUCGCUGGAUGGGCUGCUACAUGAGAAAGAUAUGUACCCAGUGGUGGCCUGGCCAUUGAGACUUCGAAUUCUUUAUGAGAUUGCUCUUGGUGUCAACUUCCUCCAUAAUAUGACCCCACCUCUUCUACACCAUGAUCUCAAAACUCAGAACAUAUUGCUCGAUGGAGAGUACCAUGUCAAGAUAGCUGAUUUUGGCUUGUCUAAAUGGCGUCAGCUCUCUAUCACUAAAGGGUCUAGCUCAAAACCUGCCGAAAUGGGAGGCACUGUCAUCUAUAUGCCACCAGAGGAGUACGAGCCCUCAAAGAACCGUCGAGCUGAUGUCAAAUAUGACAUGUACAGUUACGCCAUCAUCAUGUGGGAGGUGCUUUCAAGGCGGAUACCAUAUGAAGAGGCCACCAACCCCAUACAGAUCAUGUUCGGUGUUCUGCGAGGAUCUCGGCCUGACACGGGCAUGGAUAGUCUGUCUGCAGACAUUCCCAGCAGAGAGACCCUCAUCAACCUCAUGACCUGUGGCUGGACCGCCAACCCAGAUGAACGGCCUUCUUUCCUUUAUUGCCUUAUUGAGUUGGAGCCCAUGCUAAGAGGUUUUGACGAGAUUGAUGUCCUAGAAGCAGUGCUGACAGUCAAACGGACAAAAUAUACGAGGCCAGCAAACAGCUGCUCAUCAGCUCAUACAACUGGAAAAAGAAUGGAGGAAAAGAUUGUGAAGGAACACAAUGUCCCAUGGCCAGACAACAGUUCCACAUCUGGAUCAGGCUCCUCCUCUUCCCAGGAAGCAGAAAUGUCCCAUCCGGGCUUCCUUACCAUAUCGAAUCCUUCUCAAGGUCAGUCAGCUGCUCGGGGUGGCCCACAGUUGUCAUUAAUGUCAAUUCCACUGGAUCCUCCAAAGCCUCUGGUGGACUACUGCUCCCGGAACAACCUGAGCCCAGAGUACCCGACGGCCCAGCUAGUGUCUGACUUCAACAUACCCAUUAAACCACAGUCGUCGAAUGAGAGCGACCUGGCUCUUGCCAUACAACCACUCACUCUGCAGUCACACCCACAAGAUUUAUCCACAGCAUUGGACUCUCAAGGUCCUGCGGCACGCUGGAUCGCAUCCCGACGUGAGGACGUUGUGCGGCAAAUGACGGAGGCAUGUCUCAACCAGAGUUUAGAUGCACUGUUGGCCCGCGAGAUGCUCAUGCGCGAGGACUACGAACUGGUCGUGAACCAACCCACACAUACCGCCAAAGUGCGGAAGCUUCUGGACACCUGCGAGCGGCAUUGCGAGGAGUUCUGCCGUGUGGUGGUGCGUAAACUCCAGGACAACAAACAAAUGGGGCUGCGGCCCUACCCUGACCUCUGUAACAGCAGCCCUCCACCUCCCUAUACCACCCCCAGUGCCCCCUUCCUCUCCAACUCCUUCAACAAUACUCGAAACAUCUUCUGACCUUCUCCCAAUCCGACUCUUAAUCCCUGCUUUUGAACUGGAGAAAUGCGAGUCCUCUCAGUUUACGAUUCUGCUGAAGAACGGUUCCUGUUCACUUGCUGUUACUUUAUUCGUGUUGCUUUGCCUAUACUUUGUGGGCCAGGACAUGUCUUGGUGGAUGGUGUUGGUGCUCGUGACACAAUUUGUAUGGUAUGAACUUUUGAACAAUUGCAUACUACAUCCAUUGAACAAUUUGCCAUGGCAAGAGAGACUUAAAUGGACCUAGUUUAGUACAGCUCAUGUUGACUUCUGCUGCUGAGUUUGAGGUGGAGUCAUUGACUUAACUUGAAUGCCUAAAUUAUUGUGGCUGUCCCACAACGUCAUGUUUAAACUUGAUUUCACCUGUCAAAAGAAUCUGGUUGCUGCUACUUUGAUAGCAGUGAAACAUUUAAAAGUGUAGUUUACUCAAAAAUAAGUCUCUAAUCCUGUUAUUAACUCAUGUCUUUGACUUUCUUAAGUGGAAAACAAAAGGAGAAUUUUGUCUGUCUUUUCUAUACAAUGGCAGUGGAUAUAGUGACUCAUUUUAAAGCUUUAAAAAAGUAUAAUAUAAGUAGUCCAUACUGCUUGUGCAUCAUAAAAUGUACAUUUCUCAAUUUAUGUUCUACUGAAGAAAGUCAUACAGGUUUGGAAUGCCAUGGUGAGUAAAUCCCAAUUUUAGGGUGAACUAUCCCUAUAAGUAAUCAAUCCUGCCUCAUCAUUAGCAUCUUUCAUGCCAGCACAUUUUACAAAAACGUUCAACCAUAUGAGGUAAAAAUCGACUCCAGCGAGGCAGUGUCCUCUUUCCACCCUUAAAGGGGACAUCAACAUAACUGCACGAUUGCAUAUGCAGACUUGAAGUUUCUGUCUUCCUUCAUGUAAACCAGUGAGACUAAUUGAGGUCUGGUCAUUUUGACAGUUGUUUUACUUUGUGUUUGAUUCUGUGUGUGGGUUACAGUCCAUGUUGUUUGACAGUGCACAGUUAUUCUUACUUUCAUAAUGGUUUCUCCGGAGAUCUCUUUUUGGCUUUUAUGACUACAGCUCCUUUUCGUUCUAAAAUACUAAUGAACCCUGGUCUGUCAGAAUGGGCAGUAAAUUGGAGACUUGUCCACUUUGAUUAUGGAAAGAAUCUCUACCAAUUUAUCAUCAGAACAGGUUGGCAUUGAGACAAUGAUGUGUCUCAUGAAUAUGUCUUUCCUUGCUUUUUCAUGUUUUUGUACUGUAGCAUCCUGAUUAUGAGCAAUACUAGACCGCACACAUAAUGGACCUUAUUCACGGUAGCCCAUCUUUAAUUUUAAAGGGAAUGACAACGAGGCUGUGAGGGGAUGGACUUACCAUUUCUUCAAUGGCACGAAUGGUAUAAAGCUCCUUGAUCACAUCUGAUUUUCCACAACUCAAGUUGUCUGGAGUUCUUUGCAUUCUGAAUGUUCUCGGACAGAAGUUUUGUCCACAGAACGAUCCAAAAACACUUUAAACUGCAGGACAACCCAUUGAAGAGACAGUCUAUCCCUCACAGCCGUGUUGUCAUUCCCAUUAAAAAUCAAAGAUCUUCAAAAUUAUAGUAAUAAUAAUGGAGGUUGGGGUGCUAAAUUGUCUUGAAAUUGUCUCAGUGCAGAAAAUCUUAAUGUUCCUAAAAUAGCCUUAUUGUCAAAUAUAUUUCUUAUUUUUUUAGAGGUGAAAUAUGACCUGGAUAUGUUCUUGAUGGGUUUUGUGAGAUUCAGACAGCCUGGUUUGCAUUGUGUUUAAUACAGACACCUGUGACACUGGCUCCACAUGUAGCAUUAAACAUGGAUUGCAGUUUACAGCACUUUUCCUAACUUAAAGUGUAAUCAACUUAAGCAUUAAGCAACCAUCUAAAAUAUGCAGAGGUUUGCAUCACCACAGCUCAGUAUGUUUGGAAAAAAGUCUUCUAGAUGCUUUUAUCAAGGAACUCGUGACUCCUUUUGCACCGUUUGUACAACAGAGUUUCAUGUUCAGACUUCGGACCAGCAUGGAGUUUCAAGAUUUGAAUACAAAAUGAAUAUGUUUCUGAUUAGUCUUAAGUAUUAUUUAAGUUUGAAAUUAUUUAGAAAUGAGACCAAAGCAAUGCAUUGAGUUAGCAUUAUAAAUACAGGCUCUUCUGAUCUUCAAGCAGAACUAAAAUAUAAAUUCUGGAUUAUGAAUUAAAUUUGUGAAUUUGCUUUGAGCUUCUUUGUGUUUCAACACAAAACACAAUUAAUCCAAUCAUAUGCAUUAUGAAUGAAGUCUUUGACAAAAAAAGACAGAAGAGGCAAAACAUUUAUCAGUGUUGAACUUAUUGAAAUAGCUUUGAAAUGCCUGUGAUAUUGAUUUUUGCAUGCUUCUACAAUGUAGAUUUCCCCUCUGGGUGAACAGAGUGAGUUUAGAGGCCUUUUUUAUUACGGAAUUUCUACCAGUAUCUAGAGGUGACCUUUAUUUUAAAAACGUUUCCCAUUUGAUUUCACUGUUUAGCACAUGGAGUGUCCAGAAAUUGAUUCUUUUCUUUUUAUGUUCCCUUUUUUGAAGCUGCAAUUUUGGACUUUUGUAAUUCCUUGGGUCUCACAUAUAUCAGAAUAAUUCAGUUUCUGUACAAAAAGUGAGUCUGUGUCAAAAGACACCAUUCUUACCUUGUUGAUUAGUUGUUGUUUGAUGGUAUCAUCUUGAUGUCACUGACUCUCUAGAAAUGUUUUUUUUUGUUUAGUUUUUUUUUAACCUCUAAGGUUUGGGACCAGUUACAAUAUCAACAGUAUAUAUGAACUGUAAUUGUUUUGUAUUUAUUUAUGAAGUCAUGGCUAACAUUUUCAUGCUCCUUAAGUGGUUCAUAUUGGGUAGUUAUAUUUUUCUGUAGAGCUUUUCAUUUGAACAUGUCAUUUAUAAUGUUUCUAAGUGCUGUGCCAAUCCAGUUAUUGCUAUGUGGCUAAAUGCAUCUUUAAAUUAUUCAGAGGCUGAAUAUACAUUGAGCAUUAGCACAUAGCUCAGCGAUAUGUCAGUAAAAUGUUUAAUUGCCGAAAUGGUUUGUAUAGGUCUGGAUACAGAACACGUUGCUUGUUAAAACAUUUUCAUGCAUAUUACUUUUUUAAAUAUAUAUUUAGUUGCAUUGACAUUAUUAGUGAUAUCAAUCAGUGUUCGUUCUUGCCUUUUGAGCUGUUAGAUUGAAGACAAAUGUCUUGUCAUCAAAUAUUAAAUCUAAAAUGACAAUAAUGUAUAUCUUAUGUAGCAAUGGAUAAGUAGCAGUUCACUGGUACUAUGAGGAACUUCCACAAAUGCUAAACUUGAAAGUGUUAUUAAAAUGUGUAGA